AUGUCAAAGGAAAGGGCAAUGGAUGAUGACGAUGAGGACCUCGCCAGAAGCAUCUUCCAAUUAACACUAGAACACAGAACACAGAACUGGCGCGUUAGUGAGGCGAAACAGGUGGCCAGCCGAUCCACAUCAGACGAUACUACUAGAGCUUCAAGGGAGCGUUCAGUGGUGAUUCAGGAUCAAGAAUCAGAAGAUUACCGCAGACUUUACCUCCUUGACAUUGAGCUGCACGCUCGUCUUCGGGGCGUAACCAAUACUGUGAAUAAGCUUGACUCGUCUGACGGGCAACAGGUCCUGACGAUGCUUACCGAAGAGUGUAAUUGGAUGAAGAAAGCCCAGGAGGAGAAUUGCGGCAUGCAUUUCUUCAAUCAUUGCAUGAGAUUAGAGAUGCAGUGGGGAGUAUCGUAG